AUGAAAGUGGACAUCAAAAAUGCUUAUCGUAUUGUUCCAAUACACCCAGAUGAUUAUGAACUUCUUGGUUUCCAAAUAAAUGAUAGAUAUUAUUUUGAUAAAACUUUACCGAUGGGUCUGAGCUAUUCUUGCGCCCUUUUUGAAAGGAUCAGUUCUGCUAUCCAGUGGAUUGCUGAAAAUAAACUUGGUUUACAUAAUUGUGCCCACAUUCUAGAUGAUUUCUUUUUUGUUGGGGACAAUUUAGACCUGUGUGAAAAAGGUUUACAAAUUUUCAUUGACUGGUGUGCUUCAGUCGGUUUACCAAUUAAUCAUGCUAAAACUUGUCGGCCAUGCAGAAUCAUGUCUUUUGUUGGAAUUGAAUUGGAUUCUGUACUAAUGGAGAAACGAUUGCCCCAAGAAAAACUUAAUAAGAUUCGCCUAGCUCUAGACAAAUUCAAGCAUCGAAAAAAAGCAACUCUCCUUGAACUACAGUCUGUUAUUGGUUUGCUUAAUUUUGCUUGUGCUGUUAUUGUUCCAGGCAGGGCAUUUUUACGUCGUAUCAUUGAUCUAACUAUUGGUUUGAAUAAACCUCACCAUCAUAAACGGUUAACAAAAGAUGCUAGAGCAGAUUUUCUGGCAUGGUCAUCGUUCAUGUUUCAAUUUAAUGGCAAGUCGAUGUUUCUACCAGACCGUUGGGUCACUUCUGUGUCAUUGGAUCUUUUCACAGAUUCUAGUAAUGUCGGAUUUGGUGGGUACCUGUCAAACAAAUGGUUUUCAGCCAGUUGGCCUCAUGAAUGGUUGAAAUAUCACAUAACUGUGAAAGAACUAUUUCCUAUUGUUUUAGCUCUAGAGUUGUUUGGUAGUAAUCUCACCAAUCAAUGCAUAGUAUUACACACAGACAAUGAGGCGGUCGUGCAUAUUAUAAACAAGCAAUCUUCCAGGGAUAAACAUAUAAUGGUUCUAAUACGUCGCUUGGUUAUGCAAACAUUAAAGAACAAUAUAUUAUUUAAAGCGGUCCAUAUACCAGGAAUUCAGAACUCUUUGGCUGAUUACCUUUCUCGUUUGCAGGUAGACAAGUUUCUCAAAGACAACACAUGCACAGAUCUAAUGGAAAUCAAAGUCCCUCAACAGCUGAUAACUCUUUGA